GUUACAGAGUAUUUGUGUAUGGAUAAUGGUUGGUUAAAGAAGCUUUAUAACCUUCGAGAGAAGUGGUGCCCAUCUUCUCUGCUGGUAUAUUGUCUUCCCAACGUAGUGAGUCAACCAAUCAUGCCUUGUCUAGGAAAAUGCAAAGGAAAGUUCACAAAGUUUUGUCUUCAAGUGAUUCCAAUGAAGUAGGAGCGACACACGAUCCAUGACGCGUGCACUGGUGCAAAGAAAUCACUCUCAGACAAAUGAAAUCUCAUUCGGAGCACCAAAGGAAUGGAGGAGCCAGCUCAAAACAACAUUUCAGACCCUUCACGAGAUUUAAUGGAAUUCGGAUUUUGAUUCAGAUGCGAGAUAAACCAAUCGCGCUUCCCCUUCAAUUACAUGCGCUCGCAUCCUUUUUAUUGUAUUUAUACUGCAAAUUAUUCCCAUUCCCGAUGAAUUUCACAUCGGAAGGGACAAGAAUGUAGGGAAUUAGAGAGAUUGGAAUGUAUGGAAAUGGUGAGGGAAGGAACAGAUAGCUUGGAGAGGGAAUUCGAAUCCAUGGCUAGGCUUGAAAGCAAUCCGUCCAGUGUUGGGAGAUCCACAAGCUUUUCUUUCAGAGCGCCGCAGGAGAAGUUUUCAAUUCAAGAUUUUGAAUUGGGCAAGAUCUAUGGUGUUGGUUCUUACUCUAAGGUCGUUAGAGCAAAGAAAAAAGAUACUGGAAAUUUUUAUGCCUUAAAGAUCAUGGACAAAAAGUUCAUUACCAAAGAAAACAAAGAUGCGUAUGUCAAAUUAGAGCGUAUUGUGCUUGAUCAAUUAGAUCAUCCUGGAGUUGUCCAGCUAUAUUUUACAUUUCAAGAUGCUUUGUCACUCUAUAUGGCACUUGAAUAUUGUGAAGGCGGAGAACUUUUUGAUCAAAUAACAAGGAAAGGGCGUUUGUCCGAGGACGAGGCUCGUUUCUAUGCAGCUGAAGUUGUAGAUGCUCUUGAAUAUAUACACAGUAUGGGGUUAAUACACCGGGAUAUUAAGCCAGAGAAUCUACUGCUUACUGCAGAGGGGCAUAUUAAAAUUGCUGACUUCGGCAGUGUAAAGCCAAUGCAAGAUAGCCGUAUAACUGUCCUACCGAAUGCAGCAUCAGAUGAUAAGGCAUGCACCUUUGUGGGAACAGCUGCAUAUGUCCCUCCAGAAGUUUUAAAUUCUUCUCCUGCAACUUUUGGAAAUGACCUUUGGGCACUAGGUUGCACUUUGUACCAAAUGCUUGCAGGAACAUCUCCUUUCAAAGAUUCUAGUGAAUGGCUUAUUUUCCAGAGAAUUAUUGCCCGAGAUGUGAGAUUUCCAAACUUCUUCUCUGCUGAAGCGCGAGACCUUGUUGAUCAGCUAUUGGACAUGGAUCCAAGCAGGAGACCUGGGGCAGGACGUGAUGGUUACACCGUGCUUAAGAACCACCCUUUCUUUGAAGGGAUCGACUGGAAAAAUUUGAGAUCUCAGACCCCUCCGCAACUUGCUAUGGAACAAAAAACGCGAUCUACUCGUGGCGGAGGUGAAGAUCGGGACUGUUCACAGUCAUGUGGCAGCAUAACCAAAAUUGCUUCACUUGAUUCAUAUGAUUCUAAGUGGCAAGCAUUUCUGGAGGCUGGGGAGACUGUUCUUAUGACUUCUGCAAUGAAGAAAAUGCAGAAAAUUACGAGUAAGAAAGUACAGCUUAUCCUCACUAACAAGCCCAGGCUUAUUUACUUAGACCCAUCAAAGCUUGCUGUGAAAUGGAAUACCAUCUGGUCUGACAAUCCCAAUGAUCUUAGCGUUCAAGUCACAGCCCCUUCGCAGUUGAAGAUUUGCACGCCAAAGAAAAUUUUGUUGUUUGAAGAUGCUAAGCAGAGGGCAUUUCAGUGGAAAAAGGCAAUUGAAUCCCUUCAAAACAGGCCGGAGGCGGGAAUCCAUUCGAGCGGCGGCGUAGGGAACACAGCCGCCCAGCCACAGCUUGACAAUCUCUUCAGAAAUAACAUGUUUAGAAAUUAACAAAAUUGAUAAAUUUGUCAUUAAAUAAAUGAAAUUUGUAUUAAAUAUUGCUUCAAAAAUACUUUUAUUAAAUUUAUAAUGUAUUAUAUUUUAAAAAUAUUACUAAUUAUUAUACCAUGUAAUUUUUAUUUAAGUUAAGGUCAAAUAUAAAUACUGGUUGAGUGG